GCCGAGACGAGGGUGGUCAGCGUAAUGGCGGCGUCAAGGGAGCAAAGGAAGGCAGCAAGUAAGUUAUGGUAAGAUGGAUCAAGAAUCUGAGGUUGUACCAACUGUGUUCAUGGGGCCACUAAAAGACAUGGAGUGCACUGCACCAAUUGAUGUCAUCAGUGAAAGAGAGGGUUUCACUUGUGAUUCAUGUGGAAUACCUUUUUUCUCAUACACAAGAUAUGCAAAGCACAGAAAUCUUCACACUGAGAGAAAGCCUUUUAGGUGCACCUACUGUGGUGAAUCCUUCAGCUAUGUAAUUGAACUGCACAAUCACAAAGAGGAAGAACAUAUGUGUAAGAAGUCAUUUAAGUGCCCAGACUGCCCUAAAACUUUUGCAUCAAGAAUGGCAUUAAGUGAACACUCCUGGCGGCAUACAGGAGACAAGCUCCACCAAUGUAGCAUUUGCUGUAAACGAUUCUCCUCAAAAGGAAACCUCAAGAUUCACGCAGAGAAACAUUUGUAUAUGAAAAAUUAUGCCUGUGGAUUAUGUCCGCGUGAAUUUGUGUCUUACUCCUCUUUGGAACGUCAUAUGUCGAAACAUUCUGGAUUCAAGCCUUACAAAUGCAGUUUUUGCCCGUCAAGAUUCUUGCAAGUUUUUCAAUUAAGGAAUCAUGAACGAAAACAUAGAGGCGAUAAAUCAUUCAAAUGUCUGAAAUGUGACAAAGCCUUCUACUCGAAUUCGGCUUGUCGGAAUCACCAAAAGAAGCACCAUAGUAUGCAAGUGGAAUGUCCAAAGAAUCCUGAGCAAUGCAGUUCGAUAGGUCAGAAAAUAUAUUUUGAAGACUGUUUGGCAACAAACAAAGCAAAAUCUACACAGAUAACUUGCCCUUUUUGCAAAAAGUUGUUUAAUGCUAGUUGUAAUCUGACAAAACAUCUUCUUCGACACGAUGAGCUUAGUUUAACUGUAACUGAGGCUAAAUCUUUUGCAAAAGCUCUUAAGCAAUAUCUUGUGCCGAAUCAAACUACUGCUGGACUUCCUUUUCAAGAAGAAAGAGUUCAGUCAGAGCAUGUACCUUUGAGUGAAGUCGUGUUUCUUAAAGAGCCAGUUUCAAAACAGCGAAAAUUCCCCAUUAAGCAAAAGCAAACAGAAAGCAGUAACUUGAGAAAUGAACUGAACAGAUCGCCGCCAUGUAAGUGCCAAUUCUGUGGCCGGGCUUUCAAUUUGCACAAAAACCUACGACGGCAUAUCAUCAAAAGUCACCCUGAAAAUGCGAAAAUGAUGGGUAUUUCGAACGAAUUAAACAGUCAGUUAGUGAGGGGACUGAGAGAAUGUCUUAUGAAUGACGAAUCCAACAUGGCGAAAACGGAUUUUGCUGCAAAGAGCCAACUAUUGAAGCCAGGGUCGAGCCUGUGUAAGAAUAAGAAAUCCAAAAGACGUGCUGUAUGUAACAAGGAUGUCAGUGAAAAAUGCAAAGUUUCUAAUGGUGAAAAUAAGGUUCUCAAAUGUUGGUUAUGCCCUCAGACCUUUCUAUCAGCGGCAGCAGUUGUCAUUCACAUGACUAAUGAUCAUGAUAAUCAACAAUAUCAAAGUGAUAUAUCAGAAAGCAGUGCCACAAACCCUAAUGAGAUUCACUCGUUUAGUGCUGCUUCGCAGCAAAAGGCCAAUGCACUUGGCUCCAACAGUUAUUCCUGCUUGAAAUGCAAAAAGACUUUCUCUUCGCAAGCUAUUUUGAGUAUGCAUGAGAUCGCACAUAAAAUCUUGGCAAUUGAUACGGACAGUUCUGUUUCUUGUCAUGAUAGGAAAUCUCCCCAUAUAGAUAGUGCAGCCUCAAUGUCAUCUGAAAGUACUUCUGGUUUUGGAAAUACUGAAAGCAAUUCGUCCUUAAUUAAGCCAAAAAGGCUUUGGAGUUCAAAUGCAUCGGUCAGAGAAGCUUCACCAUUGUCGGAGCAGCAUUAUAUAAGCUUGAACCCACCUGGUGACAGUGUCCCAUGUACUUCCAACAUUUCGAACCAUUUUUCGAAUAUACCUAAAGGGUUUAACAAAAAACCUUUUUAUCGCCCUGAUACUGAAAAAGGCUUGACCGUGAAACCCUGUGAUCAAAGUCUAUCUUCCAUCAUGGCGGCUGUUGAGGCUCUUUGUAAGGGUCCGGAGAGCUGUUCAAAACCAGAAGCAACGAACAUACCUGCCUUGCAAGUAAGUAACGUGCGGUCAUUGCGUCGUAACUAUAAUGGGAAUACAUUCACUCCAAUCAACUCAAAGUCAUCGAAAUAUCCUAACACCGAUAACAACGCAGUAGAUGACGUCAUCAAAUUGAGCUCUCCUGAUAAAGAUUUAGAUAAGAGAAUGCAAUCGUUUGAUGUUCUUUCGUUGAGUAAAUCUUGCAAGGAAACGAGUUCUUCAAUUUCGCAACUAAGUAAGCUGUGUGCCACUUUACUUCCAGAUUAUCUACCUGUUUCACAAAAUCCAUCGGGAUGCACCCGAAUGACGGUUGAAGAAUUUCCCUCUAAUGGAAGAAGUCAUCAGCCAAGUACAUUUUUGAUUGAUAAGCCAAUGACCAAUAGCAACUGUACCGUUGCCACGUCACUUUCAAGUAGCCGCAUCACGAAAAACCAAGAAACAAACCUCCAAUCACGCUCCAGGGGCGUACAUUUUCCCCAACGAAUUACAAUUGCCAAUGGAGAAUCACCAUUGACAAGCGCUUGGAACCUUCGUGGUAGGAGCACGAAUUGCUGCUCGAAAGUAGAAACUUUUAAAAAUAGAAAGGAAAUUGUAAAUGUCCUUGAAGCUCCACCGUCCUUUUUAGAAGAUAACUGUGUGGUUUCCGUGGACGAUGGACGGGCGAAUUUCCUCUCAACAAACGAAGGAUCUAGAGAUGGUUUCCCUUACUCUUUUGAAAAUUGUGCUAAGAAUCCAGGCAAUGAAACACAUGAUGUAGCAGGAGAGGCAUCUUAUGCCAUACCUUUAGAGACAAGGCCUUGGCACUCGCAACAAGAGGCCACAGGCCUACAAUUUAACAUGGAGAUGCAGCCUUCUAUUUCUUGCCAAUCGUUGUACAAUAACCAACCAAAGACGCUGCAGAAAGCCAUACACUACGCCGGAACAAAACCUUCGCCGUCAGAUGUUUCAAAAUUAAGUACUUCUGUUGGCUCAAAACUAAUCACUGCUGUCAAUGAUUCACAGAACCGGAGAGUCAUUUCAUUAAUUCAAAGUGACUUGUCACUGGAUGAUCCAGUCAUGAAUAUUCAUGAUAAAUGCUUUCCAUUGGAGAGAAGGGUUCAAGGAGUGAAAGGGUGUGCUCUAUCGGUUGCGCAAGAUAGAACAUCGGGAAUGAUAUUUUCAGUCUCAGACCCAGACAUUCCCUCUACCAAUGAUCCAAAUCGUAGAGUCUCUGUUCAUGUCCCACCUGUUGUAAGCACGAGUCAAAAACCACCAGAGGGAUUUAAAAUCGGGUACACAUUGGCUUAUGUGCCAGUACUAAUUCCAGAUAAUGGGACACAAGUAGAGACAUUCCUUCCGACAACCAGAGACAGAUAUAAAAGUAAAGACUAAUAAUAGUGGACAAACGGCUCAUGGUUUGAACUAAUAUGACUAGAGCACGUGAUUAUAGAACAGUAAUUUUGACUAUUUAGUGACAUUGCUAUUUUAUUUGAUUGAAGUUUCGAAAACGCCUGAUAAGCUUUGAUAAGAAUAAAUAAAAAUACACGUGUUUAUAAGAAAGUUGCUCUUAAAUCGGCUUCUCUAAAACUUAAGAAAGAGGGUCUCGGCUCUUCUAAAACUUGAGAAAUUGGUUAUCGGCUUCUGUAAAACUUUCAAAUGUUCGGUAAAACAGCGCAAGUUUGCCAAGAACAAUUCAAAAAUACUAGAUUUGAAACCAUGAAAUAGCUAAGAAUGCUUUAUAAUUGGAGUGAUUCUAAACUUUCUAAUAAAAAGGUGUAUUUUCAUCUGAAUAAAUCGACUCUAAGUCGAUUCAUUGUACUUUUGAAUCACACAGGAUAAAUAUUUUCUUCCAUUCAAGACAUCAGGUUUUCAAAGACUAAAUUCUAAAUGUUUUUCUAAGAUAAAGAAGAUCUGGUCAUUGUGCUUAGAUGUUUGAUUUUCUUAUUCUGGAUUGCUACACUUUCGAUGUGUUGGACCCUAACCCUCAUUUCCGAUAACUUAUGUACCUAGCAACCCUCAUUAAUCUGUUUGCAUCUUGGUUAGAAUUUUUGCAUUGGUUUAAGUUAAUUUGAUCCUGUGUUGCGCAUUGUAUGCCUUUAGCGGUGUUCCGGCUCAUGCGACGUGUCGAGGCUCACUUGCAAGUCCUUUGAAAAGAUUAUUCGUAAUGGAAGUUUUUCUAUGCCCUGUUUGGCUUACUUUUAAAUGUGGAUUUCCCGAUUUAUGUUUACAGCAAACCUUGCUCUUCUUGUUAAGAUUUCAUUUUCCUGAUUUCUGCAGUUUCUGUAUUCUUCUCCUUGGAGAGCUUUUAAUCUUCAAAAUGACUGCGCUGCAGGAUUUGUAUGAAUGAAAAAUUGUAUUUGCCUUUAAUAGCUUUUGACAGCUUUGGUCAAAAAAGGCGUAUUUUUAAAGUAAUAGUAGCAAGUUUAGUUCAGUUGCUAUUUUAUUUAUGCAGGGCGUCGCCUCUGUACGCUAAAACCAGUUUUUGCUCUUCCAUUCAUGAUUCUUUAGAAAACAAAGAAGACUAGGCGGACUUUCGCGUGGGCUCUUAAUUCUUUUUGCUUCUUUGGCAUUCCUCGGCUUCUUUAACCGUAUGACUUUCAUAUUUUCUGUACCCUGGUUUAUUUUAAGCUUCUGGGUUUUAAUACUCAGUCCGCUGGCCUAAUUUUGUGACUAAGCUACGUGACGUCUUGAAGUGUUCUGGUAUUUGUUCUACCUGAUUAUUUUUUAUUUGCUUCUGUUGUUCUUUCUACCGCACCUACUCAUCGUUAAGUAUUGUAGGUAUGCCUAGCCAUCCUUUGAAAACCAUCAAUGACACGAUCGCAGAAAAUAUGAUGCAGUGUCAUCAUGGUCAUUACUAUGAUGCAAUGCAGUACUAUUUUCUAUUCAGUCCUCUUCAUUUAUUAUCCGUUGUCUAGAUCCUUAUCUUACCUCGUAUUUCCUUCUUCUCUUUUCCUUGUCACCCUCCCUUCCCAUUCACCCCUGUUUCACUCCUUAUUAUGAGAAAACAAAGACGUUUGACAUUUCUAAGCACCAAAUUUGACUACCCUUGUGAAGGCGAUGCGAUUUAGACGGGUCUCUUUUAUCUACCAAGCCAAUUGCUCUAAGUGACAAAUCCCUCACGUUUUUACUUUUCUGCUAUGUAUCUUUGUCUUAGAGUUUUUACCAUUAAUAACUGUUUUAAGUAAACAGUAAAUGCUCAUGUCAUUUGCAUAAUGAGAAAGUGACGUCAUUUAGGAAUUGAUGCACGUUGAUUUUCCUCUUACUAUCUGCAAGAAAAAGACGCUAUUUUUGGGCAUAUAUGCUUGCAAACAUUCAGGACAAAGAUCUUUGCUCGAAAGUUCGGAUGCAGAGGAAUAGUUCCCUGUUGCUUAGUUAUUUUGAUAUAAUGAAUUGGUGCAUUAACUCUUCACGGGAAACCGGAUGUUUUGACCAAAUUAUUUUUUCAUUACUGUGUGGAAUCGAAACUCCUGGAAAUAGCUGUUUUAACUCAAAAUUUUGCUGGAAACAACCACUAUAAUCUUUAUCACAGAAAAGAGAUUAUCCCUAUUCUGUCUCUUGUGUGAUAGCAGACAAGGACGUGCUGCAUGGCUCUGCUACCUCCCAGAAGCUAAACUAUUCCAAACGUGCUUUGAUGAACAGGCCAACAUAGGCAAUAUCGUACAUUGCAACAAAGAAGAUUAGAAGACAUCUAAGUUUUAUCUAUUUGCUAUUGGGUGAGUUAGGCCUGGAUCAAACGUCGCAUUUUACAUGUGUCGAAUAUAAUUGGUGAAUUAAGUGCAUGCAAAAUGCGACGUUUGACCACAAUUUUAGUCGACUACAAUUUUAGUGCGACUUCAAUUCAAACCUCCGAGAUUUACUGGUUCGUGCCAAAACAAAAAGUGCCACACCCAGUGAUCCAAUAGGUUCUUACAAAUGCCACCCACGACGGAACUGUUUAACAUGCAUGCCAACAUAACACAGACGGGACUACAACAUUUAACUUUUCUAACACUGACAAAGCUACGACAUAAAACAACGACUGGACUGCAACUCCACCAACGAACACCGACGAGACAUAAUCAACUAAAAGAAGACAAGUCUGGAGUUGCAGAACAUUUCUGCAGCCCAGCACACACCAUCAACGACCUUGCCAUCACACCAGUACUUAGACCUAAUGACAAACGAGAGAGUAUUCGUCGAGCUAAGGAGCAAUAUCUCAUUGGCCUGGCGAACACCCUCACCCCCAACGGCAUGAACAGAACCACCGACCGUUAACUUUACAAAACAACUAAUCACCUAUCAAGCCGCCCUCACAACCCACACCAUAUUUCCCCUACCAUUAUAAUCAUCAUCACCACCAUUACUAUCAUCAACAUUCCAUUAUUUUCAGUUCCAUCACAAUUAUUAUUAUUAUUAUUUUUGUUUUUUUAUAUUCAUAUUCAUAGCCAUCAUUAUCAUCCCAUUGCAUCAAUCUCCAUAGCACCACCCACAUCCCCUCACAUCACCCACCACCCUUCCUUCCCCCACUUCCAUCAUGCCAUUUUUUUCUCCACUGCGCUGCAUUCACACCAUUCAACAUCCACCAAUCCGGUAUCACCAUUUCACAUUUCGAAUUCAUUCACUCGUUCGUUCCAUUUACUCUGAUGAAGCCCUAUAUGCCGGGGCGAAAUAUUUGUAUUCCUUAAAUUUAAUUUAUUUUGAAAAUUUGUUCUCGUUACAUUGGAUUCUCGACGACGUAUUGCUUUGUUCCUGAAUAUCAAUUAAAACGUCGCGUUUUACAUGUGUCGAAUACAAUACAUAAUUAAAUUUAUCAUUAGAAUAAUCAAUACUCCAAAGUUGAUUGUCCUUGCCAAUUUAGUUUUUGAAAACCUUCACGUUGGCCGAUAUUUGCAAUUCAUGCCCAAAGUGCACAAAAUACACUCCGUCGAAAAUGACGACGCCGUGGGUUGGAUCGAAAAUGACGACGCCGAUGCGUUACCUACUGAAUGUUCUUUGAAAGAUAUAUUUUAAAUGUUUAUUCUAAAUGUCUGUUUGAAUCUCUUUUCACUGUUCUCUUCCCACACCAUCUUCAAACAGCCUGUAUUUGCCCUUGAAAGUCUUCUGCAAGAUGUGUUCUUGUGCUGGGGCGCUAAAAGGAUCAUGAUACAAGUUUUAAAUAAAACACGUCUUCUUACAAUCGCAAUAUAGUGCUUGUUCUUUCAUUUUCCGUCUGUCUUUUGAUAAUAUGCAAUAACAUGGCCCUGUGUACAUUAUUGAGGCCCUAUAAGGGGGGAUGGCAUUAUUUCAUAUUUCAUGAUGAUAUCUUGCAAUUAUUUCAUAUUUCAAAAUUAACAUAGCAAAGUAUUUCGAAAUUGUCGAAUGUUCCAUUCUGCCUUCAGGUGUCACGAAAAGUUGGACCGGCUCACAUAGAAAAUUGACCGAGUCUUCAAAACCAAUCUUUGCAGCUACAAAUAUUGAAAAUGUAUAAAGAAUAGGUGCAUAAAAAAUCAAAUGGAUUUCGUACUUGGGUAAAAAUAUAGAAUUCAUUCUCUUUGAAUUGUGGAAUCAUUUGGUACUUUACAGGGGAAUCUAAAGACACUAGAUGAAAUAUCUAUCUUUGUUUUGCUCAACUUAUUUUUUGGGAACAACUAAAAAAGAAACUCGAAAAACAUACAUGUACCAAAACUGAUAGUCUUAAGUCUUUUGCGUGGAGGGUACAACCUGAAGUGGCCAGUUUUCUACACAUGCCUGGAUAAGACAAUGAACUUGGAGGAUUUUUGAACUUUGGAUUUUAGGAAAUCUUAUUUGACUCUACUAACCACCAAGAGCCCUAACAACCAGUAAAUUCAGUUGUUUGAUGGAUUUUUCAUACUAUAGUCAUACUGUUAUUUCUAGCCACUUGCAGUCUUAGGUGCAUUCAAUAGAAAGAAAUAAUGCUAAAAUAAUGCUAAUGCGAAGCUAAAGCUAAGUGAAAUCAACUCUUACGAUGUUGUCAAGAAGAAAUCGUAAUAAAUGCUGCAGAUUGACUACAUGAUUCUACAGAAUAGAUAUAGACAGGGAAUUUUGCAUAACCAUCUACCAACCAGCCCAACCGAAAUUUUUAAGGUUUAAAUCAUUAUGCUUUGGGAACCUUCUGGGAGAAGACCGGAAGUUAUGUCCACGUAACAAACUUUUUUUAUGGUAUCAUCAGAUUUGAAAAAUUCGAAUGUCGCAAUUUUGCUGACCGUGCAUUUUUCAUGCUUUCAGUAAAGCGACUUCUGGUCAAUUACCAGAAUGUUUGCAAAGCUUAAAAUAAUCAGUGGUGGCCUUUAUUUUUAUGAUUUAAACUUCCAUCGAGUUUGAAAAUAAAACAGUUGGAGUGGACCAAAGUCCCUUUGCGGUUGCGGGUUUGUGGCUUUUCAUAAUAUUGCCUUAUUAUUUGAUAUUUUUAAAUAACUUAUAAGCACUUUUAGCAUUACCUAUUGGCGCCAUACUGAAUUCAAAGGUAUGGUCAGAAACAAGAUUUUCAAGCUAAGAAUAACUUUUCGGUGAACAUGUUAGCUCUAGAUAAAAAAAAUUGAAGAACGAACAAUAUCUUUCUGAAUAUUAUUAUCAGCAAAUCAAUCCUGCAUCUUAAAUGGCUUACAGAACAGUGGUGUAGUUGUCUUAGGAAGAAUUCCUAGUAAGUAUAUGCGGAACAAGCAAUAUAUCAAAAACAUGUUUAAGAUAUUGUUUGAUGUUCUCGUCUAUUUCGAUGAGAUAACGUAAGCCAAAGUAUUUGCGGUAGAUUUUAUGCUAUUGGUAUUUUUCCUAUACGUAUUUUUCCUAUAAAGUAUGAAAAGCCUUUUAAACCCCUAGAAAGAUUAAAAAGAUUAGAAGAACAACACAGGUGUAAUAUGGUUGGUAUCUUAACAGGUCUACAGAUCAAUAGUCACUUGAGUCAAAGCUUAAGAUCAAUAGUAUCGAUGCUUGAGAUCAAAUAUCUUCAAGUAUUUGUAAUUACAAAUGUGCAUUUUUUUCUUCUCUAUGUUAUGGCCCCGGGGUAGAGAAAGUUAAUUACAGUUACUUGUUAGGUAACUAUUUAGAAUGUAUGAAAAGUCAAUGCUGUUAUCAAGUAUAUAUUUCUAACACAACAUUUAAAGAGUUAUUCAUUUAUUUUGUCGUUUCAUAUUUCUUACUGGGAACCAAAGCUAUUUCAUAUUUCAAGACUCAAUUAUUUCAUAUUUCAAACACCCCUUAUAGGGCCUCAUUAUUUGUUGGCGCAAUUUUGCCACGGAUUUCAACAAGAUAAACACAAAGUUAAUGGGAACAAAUUCUGGGAGAGCUAAAUACUUAUGAAAGUUUUUAAGAAACUGUUAUCUAGAUGACAGUCAACAAAUUAGAAGUGUUUUAAACAAUCUGAAGGAAGACGUAACGAAGCUAGUUGUUGUAUAAGUUCUGUACUGUGCAAAUUGGGCGCCUUUUACGCAUGGCUAGAUUCUAUGGUUUCUCACUAGUCUCGAUUCUGCGCAACUUCUCAAAAAGCAAUGAUAUAGAAGCGCGACGUUUGAUCCAGGCCUUAUAUAUGCUCCAACGAAUCAAGUUCAACUCGUAUUUGAAAUGAAAGUAUAUGUUGCCAGAUAUUUCCAAGGCAGUUUGCAAUCAUAGUGUAUUAGGUAAAUAGCCUAUAUUGGUAAAUAGCUUUUGCUAUCAAUAUUGAACACCUUUAAAUUUAAUUAUGUCUACUGAUUUUGCACGAGAUAAGAUAGAUUUGGACAGUUAUUUUCCUCAUAACUGAGGCUUGACUCAGGAAAAAUAUUGCCCCAUGAUUACAUAACCAUAUCAGCAGGCAGUUUCUAGAAUGUAGUAAAUUAGUAACACCGCAGCGCGACGAGAAUGAACAACAACACACGUAAAUCAGGUUCUAGAAUACUUUUGAGAAAGUUUUCAAUUCCAACAAAGCAUUGUUUUUAAGUUGUUGUUGUUUGUGAGGGUUUUUGUUCAACUUAAACUUAUAUAACAUUUCACACGUGAAAUGUGUGUUGCUAUUACUCAAAUUCUUACGAUCAUUUCAGUGAUCAAUUUACAUAAUUAUUUUUACCUUCAUUAACGACUAAAUUGAGGCUUACGAAAUUCUGAUGAAAUCUCGACCAAAAUGCUAUUUAUGGCACUUUCUUAGCAUUUCCUUUUAAAACUGUAUUUUUCAUAAUUAUCGAUUUUUAAAAAUGGCUUUGAAAAAGCAAACAUUUCACAACACAUUUUACACGUCUGACACUCCUCAGAGCCUAAAACGUCAGAAUAAGGGUCUGAAAGAACACGAUGAAAAAUAUAUACCCAGUUGUAGAUCGAAAUAGGCCAAUCAGAAGACCAAUAUAGUUGACCAAUCAGUGCCGCGUGUCUAAAGGUAAAUUACCACUGGAAUCCAAGAGAGAAAGCGAACUCCUUGUGUCUACACAAUGGCGGCUUUUUCGUUUGUAUGUAGAUGGAUUCCAAAACUGCUAGAUAGAAGGACGACCGGGGUCUGCCAAUUAUCCGAAUGACAUUUUCGAAACAAAACCAUUUUAAAGGUAAGAUUUAUAGAACAAAGACUGUGGGAAAUGUUACCUAAUGUGCCAAAAAUUGAAGAAACACUGCUAAAUUGAAAAACAUUGAGAAACACAGCGUCUUUUCAUGUCCGGUUCUCCUUCUCCAUCUCCGUGAAACUUCUUCAGAAUAUAGGAAAAUACUUUUCUAAUGAAAAUCUGAAUUUUGUUGAUUAACAUUGAACCUUGUUUAAGAUACAGCAGAAUUUACAAAUCUUGAAAAUAUAGGUCGUCAUUCCCGCUUUUGCCCUAUUUGACUCAUGGGGUCACGAACUACGAGAUGGUCUAUGCGACCUUUCCGUGACCCCUUAUGAUCACUUCUUCAUUCUCUCCAUUUUCGAUUUUCAUUUUUAUCCUUCUAGUUUAUCUCAAUCUUUUUGAGAAUUUCUAACAACCGACUCAAAUGAUACGACGAACAGCCCUUUAACAGUCAGCUAAGCAAGCUUUUAUGCUUUUAUCUGCUAUAGCUGCUUCAUUAAAGAAAUCUUGAUAGCUAUUGGGACUUGCCCGCCUUGUCCCCUUCCCCUUGUAUCUAUGGUCCGACCGUAUUUGGACCUUAAAAUGAUGAAAACAUUAAGUUUGCGUAAAUCAUUUUUGAACGUAAAAUUGUUACAAUUCUGUUUAUGAGAGUUUUACUUGAUUUGCCUGACUUGACGCCAUAAAAAAACUGACGAUCUCGUCU